AUGGCAGCCGGGGAGACUCAGCUCUACGCCAAGGUCUCCAACAAGCUCAAGGUCCGCGGCCCUUCCUUGCUGCUGGAGCCCCUUCUGGGAAUGGGCUUCCCGGUACACACCGCGCUGAAGGCUCUGGCGGCCACUGGAAGGAAGACAGCAGAAGAGGCGUCAGACUGGCUACGUUGUCAUCGCAACGACCCUUCUCUGGACGAUCCCAUACCCCAGGAGUAUGCCCUGUUCCUCUGCCCCACGGGGUCCCUGUUGGAACAACUUCAAGAGUUCUGGAGAGAGAGCAAGCGUCAGUGCACGAAGAACCGAGCUCAUGAGAUCUUCCCGCACAUAACGCUCUGUGACUUCUUCACGUGCGAGGACCACAAAGUGGAGUGUCUGUACGAGGCUCUAAAGAGAGCCGGGGACAGGAUCCGGGGUUCCUUCCCCUUGGUCGUCCCUCUGGCUCUCCAUUCUUCCAUCAGCUACCUGGGCUUCUUCGUGAACGACAGCCCUGCGGACGUCAUCCGAGAAUUCGCCACGACGUUCGCCAUGGAGGUGGCUGUCUUGGCAGACUGCACCGUGAAGCCCUGCGCCAAGCAGCUGCACCUGACCCUGGCCCACAAGUUCUACCCCCACCACCAGAGGACGCUGGAGCAGCUGGCCAGAGCCAUCCACCCAGGCCACAGCUGCCAGUGGACCGCCGUGCUGUACUCCCGGGACAUGCGCUUCGUGCACUACCAGACCCUCAGGGCCCUAUUUCAGUACAAACCCCAGAACGAGGACGAGCUGACACUAAGUCCAGGCGACUACAUCUUCGUGGACCCCACCCAGCAGGAGGAAACCAGCGAGGGCUGGGUGAUUGGGACCUCCCAGCGGACCGGCUGCCGGGGCUUCCUGCCCGAGAACUACACGGAGCAAGCCAAUGAGUCUGACACUUGGGUCAAGCACAGGACGUACACCUUCAGCCUGGCCAUGGACCUGGUCUCCAGAAAGGACGGGGAAGCCAGCAGCAGGCGAAACGGAGAACCGCACCGUCCACAGACGCCGAGGGACGUUAGCAGCAUCCAGGCUUUACAGGCCACAAUAGCGAGGAAGAGUGUGUUGGUGGUGCGCCACGGGGAGAGAGUGGAUCAAAUCUUCGGGAAGUCGUGGCUGCAGCAGUGUUCCACUCCUGAUGGGAAAUACUACCGGCCAGACCUGAACUUCCCUUACAGUCUGCCCAGAAGGAGCAGUGGAAUCAAAGACUUUGAAAAUGAUCCUCCACUAUCAUCGUGUGGAGUUUUCCAGUCCCGCAUGGCAGGAGAAGCACUGCUGGACAGCGGCAUCAGAAUCACCUCCGUCUUCACCUCCCCAGCCCUCCGCUGUGUGCAGACAGCCAAACACAUCCUGGAAGAGCUCAAACUGGAGAAAACAAUUAAGAUAAGAGUGGAACCCGGCAUCUUUGAAUGGACAAAAUGGGAGUCCGGCAAAACCACCCCAACCCUCAUGACCCUGGACGAGCUUCAGGAGGCAGGUUUCAACGUCAGCAUGGAUUACAGGCCUGCGUUUCCCCUCGCCUCCCUCAUGCCGGCCGAGAGCUAUGACGAGUAUGUGAACAGGUGUGCGGUGAGCGUCGGAUGGAUCACCAGCAUCCGCCCACGGGACGUAGGCGUCAUCCUGAUCGUGGGCCAUGGCUCAGCGCUGGACUCCUGCACCCGCCCACUCCUUGGGCUGCCUCCCCGCGACAGCGGAGACUUCGCCCAGCUCGUGAGAAAGAUUCCUUCUCUGGGUAUGUGCUUCUGCGAAGAAAAUAAAGAGGAAGGGAAAUGGGACUUGGUGACCCCUCCCGUGAAGACGCUGACCCACGGCUCGAACUCCGCGUUCAACUGGAGGAACUGGAUCCCGGGCAGCUAA